CGGUCCUCUUUUUCUUGGAAGCGCCCCUGACCCAACGCACCAUGGCAGAUCCCGAUCUUGACUUCCAGACCGCCGAGUCUGGCGCCUCCGCCACCUACCCUAUGCAGUGCUCUGCUCUGCGUAAGAACGGCCACGUGGUGCUGAAGGGACGUCCAUGCAAAAUUGUGGAGAUGUCCACCUCCAAGACCGGCAAGCACGGACACGCUAAGGUUAACCUGGUUGGUAUCGACAUCUUCACCAACAAGAAGUAUGAAGAUAUGUGCCCCUCCACCCACAACAUGGAUGUCCCCAACAUCAAGAGGAUAGACUACCAGCUGAUCAACAUCAACGACAGCUUCAUGUGCUUGAUGGGCGACAACGGCGACAUCAGAGAGGACCUGCGCGUCCCUGACAAUGAGGUCGGAAAAGAAAUCGAGGCAAAGUUUGAGGCUGGUGAUGAGUUCAUGGUCACCGUGAUCAGUGCCAUGGGGGAGGAAUGUGCUAUCGCUACCAAGGUCUUGGCCAACAAAUAGGGAGACGGACUUUGCUGCCCAGGCAACAAGCACCACCCACAACCAGUCUCUUGCAUUCUCAUUGGUUCUGUCACCAAAGCGUCGGCCUUCACAGACAACCUCAAUCAUUCUGUUGUGAUUCUCUCAUCAUUGAUCUGUUGAUUUCUCUCUCUCUCUCUCUCUCCCCUUUCCUUCCAUUGCUGUUGGGAAUGUUCCAUGCAGUCGUCUGCCUGGUCCUCUGCCUGAUCACUGAGGUUUUGUUUGGUAACAAUCGACUUUAUAUAAAACGACUUAAAAAAUACCCGUCAGUUGCUCAUUCCUGCUUAUUUUUGCCUUCAAAGUGUUGCCACUCACAUUCCUGAAUGUUGAAAUAACACCGGGAUUCAGCUUUUGUAUGAUUAUUUUUUAUAUUCUUUAGACUGAACAUAGCAGGUUUAAAGCCUUUUAGAGGGAAGGGAGGGGGAGGGGGAGGGGGGCAGUUUUUGAGUUGUUAAAGCAGCGGGAGGGGAGGGUUUGCCCCUGUAGAUACCAAUCCGGUUUAGGUCGUCCCUCUAGCAGCCAUACCGCUUCCAGCAUGGCCUUGGUUUGGGUUUGAGGAGCCCCUGAGGUCCCCCCCCCGUCCCCCCCAGCAUGUCAAAGCUCCAACAAAACCAAGAAAACGAGUAAAAUCCCCCUAAAAGAAAAAAGUAAA